AUGUCGUCCUCUGCAGCCCCAAGCAUUCCCCACCGAUCCAUCGCGAACAUUCGUACCGAGACUGGCCCGAGCAUUGGCGGUCCUGCAAGUCCGCAUACGCCUUCACGUACCAUCUCGUCAACAUUUGGCUCCCCUUCUAGUCUACGCGCUGAGGAUGAUAAUAUCGUCAUAGAGCUGGGUUCCCGCUUCAUCAAGCUUGGAUUCGCUGGGGAAUCUUCACCUAAGGCAGUCCUGUCAUUUGGGCCCGAGAAACUUCGCCGUGUUGGCGACUUUCGCACUUGGGACCCUGAACACAAGAACGACUGGAGACGUCGUCCAACUGGCAAGACUUGGGGAGUUGAACAUGAGCUCUGGCAGUUCGACGUGCGAACUGUGGAUUUGGGCCUAGUGGAAGACAAGAUAGACCGGGCUAUUCGAGAGGCACUGAACAAGUUCCUGCUCAUCGACUCGCGACCCCGACGUACUUCUCUGGUCCUUUCCUCUUCCACUCCUCUCCCGUUACUUUCCACUGCGCUGGACGUUCUCUUCCACCGUUUCCAGGCACCUACUGUGUCUCUCAUGUCAUCAGCGGUUAUGUCCACCGUCGGAGCGGGCACUCGGUCGGCAGUGGUUGUGGAUCUUGGCUGGGCCGAAACAGCUGUGACAAGUGUGUACGAAUAUCGGGAAGCUCGCACAUCAAGAACAGUUCGUGGGGGGAAAAUGCUGGUCAGUGAGACUCAUAACCUCUUGCAGGACGCUCUCUCGGCAACACCAGUACAUGCGCAGAGGACACUUCGCGAAAGAGACCAAGGUCAACAUUCUCUGAGUUUCGAGGAGUGCGAGGAGGUUGCCUGCCGCCUUGUCUGGUGUCGUCAACUUGCCCAGAGUGAGCUUCCCGGUCUCGGAAAGCGACAGCAGACCACACCCGGAGAUGUCCUGCCCACGGUUGAGGAACAGGAUGAGUCCGCUCCACCCUCCCCCGUUGCCCGAGACGAGUCAAAAGGAAACAUUGACAUUCUGCUUCAAUCUGUAGAACCGCCCGAAAACCUAACUUUGUCUUUGCAGCAACUGUCUGAGCCGUGUGAGAAUACGUAUUUUGCGCCUAAAUACUCGCGCAGUAGCUUCGAUGACGACGAGCUUCCCGUGCAUCACCUCCUCUACCAACACCUUGUUCAGCUGCCAAUUGAUACACGGGCGAUUUGCAUGUCCCGCAUUAUCUUUAUCGGCGGUUGCUCCAGAGUCGUCGGCCUAAGACGCAGAAUAUUCGAUGAGCUGUCAAAACUGGUACACGAACGAGGGUGGAAUCCCGUCCAAGGGCGCGCACCGCAACAAUACAAGUCCAACACGAUGCUUAAGAGGACCAACAGUGGACCAGCAUCUGAUGGUCCGACAGAGGAGAAGCCGGUUGCCAAGGGGACGGUGGAGCGAAAUGUCGCAGAUGACGAAGCUUUUUACGCGGCAGAUGCCAUUGGCGAGUCUCUGAGGAAGCGCGAGCGCCAUCAUGCAAAGGUCCAGGGUGUCUUGCGGUCUUUAGGAUCGCUUGGUCCUUGGGGAGGGGCUAGUCUGGCCUGCCAGCUGAAGGUCGCAGCCAUGGCAAACAUCGACCGUGACACAUGGCUUCAACAGGGAGCCAACGGGGCUUCGCGGCCCAGCGAAGUGGACGUCAAGUCCCAACAGCGUCAGAGUAUGGGCCCUGGUGGUUUGAUGCGAGGAGCUUCGGGGCAAGCUGCUUGGACUUUGGGAGCAUGGGGGGCAUACUAG